AUGUCGACUAGAAUCGUCAAGGACUUCGGCAACGGCCACUACAUCGUGGCGUUCGGCGAGGACCGCGUGUACACCACCCUGACGUCCUCCGGCGACGUCGUCGCCGGGUGGCUGGACCUGAUCUACCGCAUCCACCGCCGCCGCCUCGACACCCUCGUCGUGGGCCUCGACGUCGAGUGGCGCCCCGCCCAGUCCCGCGGCGCCGCGCCGGGCCCCGUCGCGCUGCUGCAGGUCUGCGUCGGCCGCCGCUGCCUCGUCUUCCAGAUCCUCCGCGCCGACUACGUGCCGGACUCCCUGUUCGACUUCCUCGCCGACGCGCGCCUCACCUUCGUCGGCGUCGGGGUCGGCGCCGACGCGCAGAAGCUCGGCGCGCAUUACGGGCUGGAGGUGGCCAACACGGUGGACCUGCGCUACUUCGCCGCCGACGUGCUGAGGAAGCCGGCGCUGCGGAGGGCCGGGCUGCAGGGCGUCGUGUGGCAGGUGAUGGGCGUGUGGCCGGAGAAGCCGCACCACGUGCAGGUCAGCGCCUGGGACGCGCAGCGGCUGACGCUGGAGCAGCUGCAGUACGCCUGCGCCGACGCCUUCGCGUCCUUCGAGGUCGGCCGGAGGCUCUACGACGGCGUCUACUAG